UCACCCUGCCACCAGUGGGAUGCUCAGUGUGGUGGUGGUUACAUUGCAAUGCACUGAUGGUAUGCGGCCGUUGUGGGGGAUAGAAGCAUCCGCGCACCUCUCCAGCAUCAUCAUCAUCAUUACCAUCACAGACAGGGACCAGCGAGCCGCUUUGGCCGUGCUGACAAAGCAGCGCCUCGCUGUCCUGCCUCAACGCUACAUGGACAGCCAGCACAAUGGCAGAGGAUUUGGGGGUGCCUCACUCGUAGUAACAACAGGUCGCAUGGAUAAUCCCGCCACAACCGAGCCAGCUGCGUUUACCCCGUAGUUACCAUGAUUAGUGCGCCGCUGUCGGCUCACGGGUUGUGAUGAGGCAGGAUAGAGAGCGGUGCGGGAGCGGGGCUUCUUGUCCAGGCAGUACAGAUUGAGUGAGAAACGCAAAGCAGCGUGGAACAAGUGCCCUGUGACUUGGGGUCGAUCAAGAUGGAUAUAGAUCCCUGUUUCCGCUACUACUUCCAGCACCCCUGGUCCCGUCUGUUUGUGGCCUACCUCGUCACCUUCUGCAACUUCCUGAUCUUUGCCGAGGACCCGGUCUCCCACAGCCAGACGGAGGCUCAUAUGAUUGUGGUGGGGAAUUGCUUCUCCUUCAUCAUCAACAAGUACCCCGGUGGUGGGUGGAGCUUCCUUAAAGUCCUGUUGUGGCUGAUGGCUAUUGUCACUGGAAUGUUUGCUGGGAAGUUUAUAUUCCAUCGCAGGCUCUUUGGUCGAUACCUGCGACUGAAAAUGUUCCGCGAAGAUCACGGCUCCUGGAUGACCAUGUUCUUCAGCACCAUCCUUUUCCUCUUCAUCUUCUCACACAUCUACAACCUGAUCCUUCUGAUGGCAGGAAGCAUGGGGCCUUACAUGGUGACAGAGUACAUGGGUAUCAGGAACGAGAGCUUCAUGAAGAUUGCUGCGGUGGGGACCUGGAUGGGGGACUUUGUGACUGCCUGGAUGGUCACUGACAUGAUGCUGCAGGACCAGCACUACCCAGACUGGGGCAAAGCCGCCAGAAGGUUCUGGAAACAAGGCAACCACAGGAUCGUCCUCUUCUGGACGGUCCUGAUCACCCUGACGUCUGUGGUGCUGCUGGUCAUCAGCACGGACUGGAUCAGCUGGGACAACUUGAACCGGGGCUUUCUGCCUAGCGACGAGGUCUCCAGGGCCUUCCUGGCUUCCUUCAUCCUGGUCUUUGACCUGCUCAUUGUCAUGCAGGACUGGGAGUUCCCUCAGUUCAUGGGCGACCUUGACAUGAACCUGCCUGGGAUGUCCACUACACAGCUCAGGUUUAAACUUCCUGUCUGUAAGAGCAUCUUCAAGGAGGAAUAUCACAUCCAUAUCACAGGUAAAUGGUUCAACUACGGCAUCAUCUUUUUGGUGUUGAUUCUGGACCUCAACAUGUGGAAGAACCAGAUCUUCUACAAGCCCUAUGAGUACGGCCAGUACGUCGGACCGGGGGAGAAGAUCUUCACUGUGGAGGAGCCCCACACGUUAGGAGACUUCAACCGCAGCACGCUCACCUAUAAAUGGCGCUCCAGCAACGUGGACCCGCUGACCAACCGCUCGUACGUUCACCGGGACAUGUUCCUUCACAGCCGCUACGUGGGAGCCAGCUUGGACGUCAAGUGCCUGGCCUUCAUCCCGAGCCUGGCCGCCUUUGUCCUUUUCGGCUUCUUCAUCUGGCUCCUCGGACGCUUCCAGGAUAGCGAGGCUUUCCCAGAAAGCCAGGUGGACAAGGCGUACGUGAGGAUUAAGAGGAAGUCGCCGUCGGAGUACAGUAAGGACAUGGGCGUCACGCCUGAGGAGGUGCGUAUCUCCAUGAACGAGACUCUGAAACGUUCCGGAACCCCCAUGCUGCUGUCAGUGGACGGUCACCACUUCUCACCGCACACCGGCCACUCCACCAACUCCACCUCGCCCGUUUCGACAGAGACCCAGGAGACACACCCCAGCAUAAUCAUCGACAGCGCAGAGCCCGGAGAGCCGGCGGUUUCCUUCGAUGUCAGCAAACUGUCACCGCCCUGACUCCACUGUCCUGAGGGGAAAUACUGCUGCUGCAGACAGCCUGGAGGAAGGAGAGGAGAACAGAGCAGAGGAGAAGAGUGGUGUGGAGAGACCAAACUGAAACCUAACUGAAACUCACGUUCAGUCCUGAUCUUCCCGGAGCCGAGGAUGUAGUUUUGGGUACUGGCCAUUCGGAUUCGUCUCAACUGUCAGUAUCCCCCUGGUGGCGUUCUUUAUCAGUUUUUUUUCAUAAUUUCUGAACUGACACCUACACAAUGACAAACAGUUCAUUUGAACCUCCCUCACUGCAAAGUCGUAUUGUCAGCACGGUGCUCUUGCUUUCUGUUUUUAUAACGUUUCUUUCUUUUCUUAUUGUGACAUUUCCGUGCCUACGUGGGAGAACUAUUUCUACAGUCGAUGCGUGACACCCAGUUGUCAUGGUUAGUUUAUUGUAACACUACAUUUUUACCGCUGAAGACGUGCCUUGAUAACCCGCGUCCACUGAGGGGCCUAUAUGUAUGUCCAACUCUGAGUAAAUUGCUAUCAGUCAUUUAUAGACAGCAGAGCAGAACAUGUCUAAUAUUGUGUGUUUUUCGUCUUGUUCAUUUAAAUGUUUUAUGAUGUUGGACAGUGUUUACCCUUUCAGACUCCAAGAGUGAUUUCUCAAUUCUUCUGUUGUCUUUAUAGUUCCGUCGCCCAUCGUCAUGCGUUUGAUCACUUGUAGUCAUAUCAAUGUCUCGAUUGCUACCUUUCUAGGGUUGUUAUAUGAUGAUGAAAGUUGUUACCUUUUUAUGACCUCUUUAUUUUCUGGUUGUGUCAUCAAAUGUUAAAUGAUGGCUAAUUUAUUUUCAACUAACAACCAAAAUUCACCUCAUGAUCGCUAAUCUAUCUGGUCAUUAUACUAAAAUCUAAUGCAAAUGAGCUCAGAAAGGUAACUUGCCUUUGGAGUGGUAAAUGUGCUUUUGUUAUACAAAGUUCACCAAAUCUAACUAUUGCACCUUACAGCUGCACCCAUUACAUAUCCCGUGUAGGAGACUGUAUGUAGACCAGGCACAACCCUCGUUCCAAGCCAGUUUUGGGUUCAACGUUGGGUUUAAAGAAAGGUUUUAGAAAGACACUUGGAGAAUGUGACCUCUUGCAGCUGCCAAGCAAAAACGAGUGUCACGUUUUUAUCAUUAGUCAGGAAAGUUGUCAUAUCAAAAGCGGUAUGUUACUGUGCCACAACUGGAUACUGAUGCUUUGAUAUUGAAAGGUUUUCUAACAACGUCUUUGUGUGUGCGCGCAUGUGUUUAUGUAGAGGAGGGUUUGCGUGCGCCUGUGUGAGCGUGCACGUGCGUCGUGUAUCUGCCCCAAAGAGCGAGAGAGGCCGAUUCUGUGAAGAGGUCAGUGUAGUUAUCAUGUGGUGUAUGAUUGUUUCACUGAAUCUCCCCUGAACACUUCACAGGUCAGAGACCUCAUUAUAGCUCAAUGUAUUUCAGAACGGGAGAUACUGCUGUGCGAAAAGGCACCAAACUGAGAAACAUACGCUGUGUGUUUAUCUCACUUCAUCUACUGAUAUUUUUGUAAUGUACUGUGCCCCAGUUGAUCCUGAAUGGUCCCCCGGCUCAUUUCCAUGUUCUUGUGUAGCAUAACAGAUGGAACCUUUCGUGUGUGUGUGUGUGUGUGUGUGUGUGUGUGUGUGUGUGCGCAUGUGGACGUUCGGGUGUUUGAUUGUGUGUGUUUUUAAACAAAUGGUAUCUCUUUUUAAUGUUGGCUUAAUAAAUGUCUGUCGAAUAAUGCGAUCAAUAAAAAGUAUUCAUUUGGCUA